AUGUCAUCUUGGCUUGUGGUCGGGAUCUCCGGGGUAACAAAUGGGGGCAAGUCCACCCUUGCCCAGCAGCUGCAGUCACGUCUCCCCACUCACACACAGGUCAUCUCUCAGGAUGACUACUUUUACCCAAAGGACUCCCAGUACCACGUCCCAUGUCCUGGAGGCUUGGCACACCACAACUGGGAUAUCAUCUCUGCCCUGGACAUGAAGAAGAUGGUGUGUGAUGUAAUGGAGAUUGUGAAAUCCCACCCAGACCAAAAUGACAGCAGCCAUAAGGGAGGCACUGGCUCUCCCUUGUCAGAGGAGGUGGGCCUCCGUCCAGUCCUGCUUAUGGACGGAUUCAUCCUGUACGAUGACCCAGAGAUUCUGGAACUGUGUGACUUGCGUUACUUCUUUACUCUGACGCAGGAAGAGUGCUGGGAGAGAAGGUCACAGAGGACCUAUGACCCACCAGAUCCUCCGGGAUACUUUGAGGCCUGUGUCUGGCCCAUGUAUGAGGAGCAUCUGGUAAAGGUCAAGGAAGGGGUUCCCAAUGUGGUGUUCCUUGAUGGCAUGGAGGAAAACCUCUCUGCUGUCCUUCAGCAAGUGACUGCAGCGGCUCGUCUCAAAGGGAAGAAGUACCCAGGAGCAAUACUUGGCUAGAUGGAGAAGGGAGGCCAUGUCAUGUUCUAUUUCACACUGUAAUGGGAUUUUCUGAUGUAAAAUUUGGUUGUAACAGUUUUUUCAGUGGAUUUUCAUUUAAAUAACUUGACUUAUUGAAAGCAUUAAUUCAAUUAAGCUUAUGCAUAAUUCAGGUAAUGAGUGAGAUGAGGCUGUGAACAAAAAAAUUUUAUAUAUGUAUUAGCGUAGUGUGAAAUGGACUUGAAAGAAUUUUUAGCAUGUAACUUGGGACAUUUGAUUUGGCCCACAUUAAACUUUGAACUUGGGAUUUCCUGUGGUAAUAGUUUUCAGUUCAUUAUCACAUUGUAACGAGAUGCUGCUUAAGAGCCUCACUUCCAACAGGUUCCAAGUGUACCCCAGUAUUUCUUUUCUGGUGUUGUGCUAGUAACUAUGUUCACAGAGAUUCUCUCUCUCUCUCUCUCUCUCUCUCUCUCUCUCUCUCUCUCUCUCUCUCUCUCUCUCUCUCUCUCUCUCUCUCUCUCUCUCUCUCUCUCUCUCUCUCUCUCUCUCUCUCUCUCUCUCUCUCUCUCUCUCUCUCUCUCUCUCUCUCUCUCUCUCUCUCUCUCUCUCUCUCUCUCUCUCUCUCUCUCUCUCUCUCUCUCUCUCUCUCUCUCUCUCUCUCUCUCUCUCUCUCUCUCUCUCUCUCUCUCUCUCUCUCUCUCUCUCUCUCUCUCAAGUGGCAGGUGCUGAAUUUGACAAUGUCCAUCAGGUGUGCAGGGUUACCAUGGAGGAGAGUGUUGAGUUAACCUGCAUGCCUAAUGUGCUCAAAUAGUUAAUGCAUAAAAGUGUGUAAGGGAAAAAAACGAAUUUCUUGUUCCUAAGGAUAUUCUUUAUGUAAUUCUAAGUCCAAUGUAGCCAGAUUAAUUUCUUAACAUUACAUGUAUUUAGUUAUACUUAAUACUCUCAGUAGCUUCAGGAAGUUUGAAGUAAAUAUAAAAAAAAAGCUGAUAUUGCCCAUGCCAUUAGUUGCCUAAGUGUACUAACCAUUAACUACUAAAACAGAGUUGCAGGUGACAUCAUUCCAUUAGUCAGGAUGUUCUGAUUAGCCAUAAUGCUGAGACAUGUCAGUCUGGACGCACCACGCCCAUAGCCAUCUCAGGUAUGCAAGAUUCACCGGUCCCAGUUUUGUAUGUCCAUUGACAACUUGAAAUAGCGAUACUUGGAUGUCUGUAUGGUACCAAAAUCUUAAUUUUGUACAAUUUUCAACACUGAUGUAAAGGGAAGUUUAAGUUCAUUAAACGCGUAAAAUCUU